AUGAAGAUGAACACUACUCCUACUACCUUCUUCGCUCUCUUUCUACUUUGUGCCGUUACCUCACACCUACCUUCAGCCACCGCUGAUUUUGUGUUCGACACAGAUGGUGAUGCUGUUCGAAACGGUGGCAUCUACUAUGUGUUGCCUGUAAAAAGAGGACAUGGUGGUGGAUUAGAAAGAGCCAGAACAGGAAACGAAACAUGCCCUCUCACUGUUGUGCAAUCUCCCUUUGAGGUGUCUAAGGGGCUACCCGUAGUAAUUUCAUCCCCAAUCCGAGUCCUUUAUAUCGAGGAAGGCCUUAUUCUGAACGUUGCGUUCCUCUUUGGACCACUGUGUUUACCCACUCCUUCAGUGUGGACCCUCGUCCAGGGUCUCCCAGAAGGACUCGCUGUUAAACUCACUGGCUACAACAAUACUGUACCCGGUUGGUUUGAGAUUCAGAGGGCUUCCCUUGAAUUCCACGACUAUAAGUUUGUGUUUCGCUCCAUUGACGAUAGUUGGGAUAUCGGGAUUUACAUCGAUCAUAAUCAACACAGGCGUUUGGUGGCCACCGAUAACGAUCCAUUGUUGGUUCAGUUUCAGAAAGUUGGGUCAUCAACCGCAUGA